UAUGUGAUACAAGUGAUUACCUAAUGUUAUGUCAUAUAUGAGACGUAUUUGCUUACAUAUACUCAAUGUAUUAAACACCAUAUGAGGUGAUAUAUACAAUUUAAUAAUUAUAUGCAUCAUUAACGAACCAACUCAUAAAAUAUAGAUUGAUUUUCUUCAUAAGCUGUAGUCGAGUUAGCUCUCUAGUCACAAUGUUGGGACAUCUCAUAAGCUCAAAACGAAACAGUUCAUGAGUUGUAUUAAACGAACUACCAAAUUAAACUAGUUCACGAGUUUCACGAGCCGAACAAGGUAGAGCUCAAAAUAAACGAUAUCACCGAAGCCAAAUUCGGUGCGAUGGAGCCAAGGCAUAAUGUCAACCCAUAAUCCUGGAAAGGAUGCAUCUGCCAGUGCUCUGUACAUCCCGUUUCUGGCAUUCGCUCCCCACAUCCCAUCCCAUGAUUCCAGUCUGCCCAUUCCUCUUUGGGAAGCGGGCCAACCUUCUCCCAAUAGGAUUUCAAAAAGCCCAAUCAAUCCAAAACACGUAGGAUAGGGGGAAAUCCAGUCCUCUGAAACCUGAUUGGCCAACCGGGAUCCGACGUGGCUGCCACGCGAGCAUGGCUGAUUAUCUUAUCCAGUUUCACGAUUCUGGGUUUUACAAGAUAACGAUAUUUUGAUGGCCGCUUUGUCGAAUAUCUGACAAGAACACUCCACCUAUAUAAACAAAUAUCAUCCAUCCCUCCCAAAACAAUCUACUUCCAUCUCUUCACUGCCUCUUGCUGCCACUGACUAAGUUGCAGGUCACAGAGAAAUGGCGCUCCAGUCUGCAUCCCUGGUUUCCUCGGCUUUCAUCGUCCACAAGGAGGGGAAAUCAAGCGCUGCUGCUUCAUUCAAAGACUCGAGCUUGUUCGGAGUGUCACUUUCUGACCACGUCAAAGCUGACUUCACCUCCUCUGCACUCAGAUGCAAGAGGGAAUUCAACGCCAGAAUCGGGGCGGUGAGGGCACAGACGACGGCGACAGCGAGCCCAGCAGUGAACAGGUCAGCACCAGAGGGGAAGAAAACAUUGAGGCAGGGAUGCGUCGUGGUGACUGGAGCUUCUUCUGGGCUUGGACUAGCCACGGCCAAGGCACUAGCCGAGACAGGGAAAUGGCACGUAAUCAUGGCCUGCAGGGACUUCCUCAAGGCCGAACGGGCUGCCAAAUCCGCCGGCAUGGCCAAGGGCAGCUACACCGUCAUGCAUCUGGACCUUGCAUCGCUUGACAGCGUCCGCCAGUUCGUCGAGAGCUUCAGGAGGUCGGGCAGGCCGCUUGAUGUUCUGGUUUGCAAUGCUGCUGUGUACCAGCCAACAGCCAAGGAGCCGACUUUCACAGCCGACGGGUUCGAGCUCAGCGUUGGAACUAACCAUCUCGGCCACUUCCUGCUCUCGAGGCUGCUGAUGGACGACUUGCAGAAGUCUGAUUACCCCUCCAAACGCCUCAUCAUCGUUGGCUCAAUUACAGGAAACACAAAUACACUGGCUGGAAAUGUACCACCAAAGGCCAACUUGGGGGACAUGAGGGGGCUCGCUGGGGGACUGAACGGGCUCAACAGCUCGGCUAUGAUCGAUGGUGGAGACUUCGAUGGUGCGAAAGCUUACAAAGACAGCAAGGUCUGCAACAUGCUGACAAUGCAGGAGUUCCACAGGCGGUACCAUGAGGAAACUGGGAUCACAUUUGCUUCACUCUAUCCAGGCUGCAUUGCGACCACUGGGUUGUUCAGGGAGCACAUUCCACUCUUCAGGCUUCUCUUCCCUCCAUUCCAGAAGUACAUCACCAAGGGCUAUGUCUCUGAAGAUGAAGCUGGAAAGCGACUUGCUCAGGUUGCUGCAGAUCCUAGCUUGACGAAAUCAGGAGUGUACUGGAGCUGGAACAAGGACUCAGCCUCGUUUGAGAACCAGUUGUCUCAGGAAGCUAGUGACGCUGACAAGGCUCGUAAAGUGUGGGAGGUCAGCGAGAAGCUCGUUGGUUUGGCCUAGAGAUGGACUAGUGAGCUAAGCAGCUUAUGAAUGUGUCAUCAACCACCCGGCAUUGUCAUUUCUUGCGAGUCAGAGUUAUGAUGCUUUUGUUCUUGUAAACAAGGCUUUCUCAUUGUAGAUUAGUAGGCAUGAAUCAGGAACCAGGAAUGGAUAGUUAAUAAAAAUGACUCUGUUUA